AUUAGUAUAGACAAACAUUAGUUUAAUAAAUAGCUUUAUUUUAUAAGUUCUUUAACCCUUUUUGAGAUAUUGAGUUCCAUAUAUUUAAUGUAAAAAAGCAAAUAUGGGAGAUCAAUGUAACACGAAAGAUACGCAAGUUGCUAUAAAACCAAUCAAUAAGGAUACAGUUCAUAAAAUUUGUUCCGGCCAGGUAGUAUUAAGUUUAGCAGUAGCAGUAAAAGAACUUGUAGAAAAUUCAUUAGAUGCGGGGGCUACUAAAAUAGAUAUACGGCUAAAGAAUCAUGGCAUUGAUCUCAUUGAAGUAUCAGAUAAUGGUACUGGUGUCACUGAAGAUAACUUUUCUGCUUUGACUUUAAAAUACCACACAUCCAAGUUGACAGAUUACUCAGAUCUGCUAGGUGUGUCUAGCUUUGGCUUUAGGGGGGAAGCUCUUAGUUCUCUCUGUGCCUUGGCUAAACUUACUAUUACAACAAGACAUCAAAGUGCUGAGUAUGCUACUAAAAUUGUAUAUGAUCAUAAAGGAAAUAUAUUAAGUAAAACACCAUGUUCAAGACAAGUUGGAACAACUGUUACCAUAACAGACUUGUUUGCUUCACUUCCAGUAAGACAAAAGGAACUGCACAAGAAUUCUAAAAGAGAAUUUAAUAAAAUGACAAGCUUAUUAUAUGCAUAUUGUUUAAUUUCCUUAGGAGUAAACAUAACUUGUAGUAAUCAGUCUAAUUCUAAUACAAAAUCAUUAGUUGUUACCACACAAGGUUCAUCAUACAAAGAUAAUAUAGCUUGUGUGUUUGGUAUAAAACAAUUAGAAAAUUUAUUGGACAUAAAAACUGAAUAUACACCAAACAUAAAAGAAAAUAUUUUUAAAGGUUUAUCAGGAGAAAUCAAGGUUUCAGAAGAGAGUAUAAAUGUAGAAGACACAGAAAUAGAUUUAUCUGAAGAUUCCAAUGAUGCUGAGAACAAUGAAAUUGCUAAUUCUCAAGAUAGUAUACAGAGUUCUCAAAGAUCUCAAGGACACAAGAAUGGUUCACCUCCAGUAGAACUGGUUGGGUACAUAUCUACAUGUGCGCAUGGAUGUGGUCGUUCAAGCACUGAUCGUCAAUUUUAUUAUGUAAACUCCAGACCUUGUGAACCAACUAAAAUUAUGAAACUAAUCAAUGAAAUUUAUAGACAAUUUAAUCCUCAUCAAUACCCUUUUGUAUUUCUUAAUAUAGUCUUAGAGAGAACAUUAGUAGAUGUCAAUGUUACACCGGACAAAAGAAAACUAUUUUUGGCCAAGGAAAAAGCUAUUCUCGAUGUAGUCAAAAGUUCUAUAAUUAAGCUGUUCGAAAACAUUCCUAGAGUUGUAAAAAUCGAAUCAGCACUUUCAAUAAAUAAUACCCAAAUUAAACCAGAUGUUGAACAGCCAAGAAUUUUUAAUUCAUUCAUGCAACAGUUCAGUAAUAAAUCUAUUAAAAGUGACGCUAAAACAAAUGGAAGCAAUGAAGAGAAGCCUGAUCUUAAAAGAAAGUCCAACACAUUACUAGAUUAUGCUAUUUCAAAAUCGAAAAGAGUGGAAAUCUACCAAAAUGAUGAUGAUGGAGAUAUGAAACUUUGUGAUGAAAAUGAUUAUAAUGUGACUGAAGUUGAAAAUGUCACAAAUGCAGACUUAAACACACAUAUUGCUACUACUACAGUAAAAAGAGAACCCUCAAAUAAUACGGAUGAAAAGUCUAAUGACAUACAAGAUAAAAAUGAAAAAGGCGAAGUUAUGUAUUUGGAAUUCUCAAAUGAACUACCUAAUACACAAAUCAGAAAUAUAUCUGAUGUUGUUAUUGAAAAAUCAAAAACAAUAUAUUGUAAGAAUACAAAUACUCCUGUAAAGCCUGUACUUGCUCAGACUCCUAAAAGUAAAAGACAAGAUGUUGUAACAGACAAAGAAGAACUUGGCAAAUAUAAUAGAAAAUCAAUAACAAUGAAAACAUCCAUUGAUCAUGUUACUAAAUUAGCAGAAAUAUACAAUAAUCAAAAACAGAAAAAUAAACCAGAUAAGAUAAAGUUUAAAAGUGAAAUAAAUCCUGUUUAUAACAAAAAGUGUGAAGAAGAAUUAAGUAGAGAAAUAUCAAAAGAUUCUUUUAAGAAUAUGACUGUUAUAGGUCAAUUUAAUUUAGGUUUUAUUAUAACUCGAUUAGGAGAUGAUCUAUUCAUUAUCGAUCAACAUGCCACAGAUGAAAUAUACAACUUUGAAACGUUACAAAAGACGACAGAGCUUACAAGCCAAAAGUUAGUUAUACCUCAACAACUGGAGCUUUCUGGUGUUAAUGAAGAAAUAUUAAUGGAUAACCUUCAAAUAUUUAAAAAGAACGGUUUUACAUUUGAAAUUGAUGAGAACGCUUUACCUACGAAAAGAGUUAAAUUACUAACUAUUCCAAUGUCAAAAAACUGGAUAUUUGGCAAAGAUGAUAUUGAAGAACUGUUAUUUAUGUUGCGUGAAAGUGACUCAGAGUACUGCCGGCCAAGUCGUGUGCGUGCAAUGUUCGCGUCAAGAGCGUGUAGAAAAUCUGUUAUGAUUGGCACUGCUUUAAGUAAAGCAGAUAUGAAAGUUCUAGUCGAUCAUAUGGCAGAUAUAGAUAAACCUUGGAAUUGUCCCCAUGGGAGACCAACAAUUCGCCAUCUUGUUAAUCUAGCAAUGGUACACACAGAAUGAAUAAUCUUUUUGUAAUCAAUUGUAAAUCAUGGUAUUAAUAUAUUUUAGAAGAUAUGUUGAAAUAAAACUAUGAUAUAACUAAA